CGAAUCCGAUUGGCUGUUGCGGUUUGAAGCCUUGGAGACAUGAUGUUCAUGGCUACCUGACUGUAUUUGCACUCUAAUGAAGAUCUGAAGUGGAUGUGAAUAUGGAUGCAGAGCGCAAAGACUGUUUCAAAUCUACAAGACAUUAAUGAACGGGACACAGGAGCGUCUGAGCCCCGUACUGCGAGAUGUGACAGGAUGCUGAACCAUCACUGCAGAAGGAACCCAGAGUUACAGGAGGAGCUGCAGAUCCAGGCGGCGGUGGCGGCCGGCGAUGUCUACACCGUCCGCAAGAUGCUGGAGCAGGGCUACUCGCCCAAGAUCAGAGACGCCAACGGCUGGACGCUGCUGCACUUCUCUGCGGCGAAGGGGAAGGAGCGCUGCGUGCGCGUGUUCCUCGAACACGGAGCGGAUCCCACCGUGAAGGAUUUCAUCGGAGGCUUCACAGCUCUGCAUUACGCCGCCAUGCACGGCCGCGCCCGCAUCGCCCGCCUCAUGCUGGAGUCCGAGUACCGCAGCGACAUCAUCAACGCCAAAAGCAACGACGGCUGGACCCCGCUGCACGUGGCGGCCCACUACGGCCGCGACUCCUUCGUGCGUCUCCUCUUAGAGUUCAAAGCCGAGGUGGACCCGCUCAGCGACAAAGGCACGACGCCGCUCCAGCUGGCCAUUAUCCGCGAGCGCUCCAGCUGCGUGCGCAUCCUGCUCGACCACAGCGCCAACAUAGACAUUCAGAACGGCUUCUUGCUGCGUUACGCCGUCAUUAAGGGCAACCACUCGUACUGCCGCAUGUUCCUGCAGCGGGGAGCGGACACUAACCUGGGCCGGCUGGAGGACGGACAGACGCCGCUGCACCUGUCGGCCCUCAGAGACGAUGUGCUGUGCGCGCAGAUGCUGUACACGUACGGAGCCGAUACCAACACGAGGAACUACGAGGGCCAGACGCCCGUGGCUGUUUCCGUCAGCAUGUCUGGCAUCAGUCGGCCCUGUCUGGACUUUCUGCAGGAGGUCACAAGGCAGCCCAGGACUUUGCAGGAUCUGUGCAGGAUAAAGAUCCGGCAGUGCAUCGGCCUGCAGAGCCUGAAGUUUCUGGAAGAGCUGCCCAUUGCCAAGGUCAUGAAGGACUACCUGAAACACAAGUUCGACAACGUUUGACAGAAGCCGACCUACUCGUUUCUGUAGGUUCCCUUAAGACUCUAUGCAAACUCGAAACCUCUGGGAGCAGGUGCAGCGUUUUGUACAAGCGGAGUGAAAUGCUUCUUUACGGAGGAACGACUGUGGAUCGAGAAGCACUGUAAUAGCCACGUUGAUUCGUUCACUGAAAGUGUCGUGGAGAAAUUCCUGACCCAUGAGAGAAGAAAAAUGCAGACGUUUGAUUUGUACCAAAUAUCUUUUUUUGUUCUUAAAUCAGCACGGCCUUUGUAAGUAUUUGACUUUUUUUAUCGGCUACAUUCUCAGACAAGGAAAAGAUAAAAACCUUUUAAGCUAUCCAGAGAAAUUGGCAAAUAUGCAGGUCACCCUCAUAAAAAUAUGCAUGUGCUAUUGUUAUUUUUGCUGUGGAGAAAUCAUUUCCAACCACAGUCCAAUAAGUUAUUAACCCUCUGUUGAGAAUCCGAUUCGUUUGUAUUGAAAAGCGUACCGAAAACCCCACAGGCUCUCGAUUCUUCUCUGUAAACUUUUUUUUUCUUUCUCAUUUAAUUUCAUUUUUAACAAAUAUUUUUUUUAUUUACAAGCUGUCAAUAUCAGAGGUGCUUGGCCUUAGUUUCCAUUAAAAGGUAAAGAAAAAGUCCUAGUUGCGAGAGGUCUACAAAGGUGAACAUGUAUUACAUGCAUAAAUCGUUAACAAACUUUCUGUAAAUAUUUGUGUCAUAUGUACAGCAGAUAUUUUUUAGACUAUUUAAGCCACAAGCUUGU